AUGAAAAGCUUUUUUUUUCUAUGUUGCGUAGUUCCAGAGUGUGGACUCAAGUUCAUACAAACAGCUAAGAACCCUAUAGAAUAUAAUCAUGGACCUCGAUCUGUCGCUGCUGGUGAUUUCAAUAACGAUACUUGGAUAGAUAUGGUUGUUGCCAAUCAUAUUGUCAACACAAUUGCUAUUUAUUUUGGACAAAACGAUGGCACCUUUUCAACUCCAAUACAGUAUUCAACCGGCGUGAAAUCUAUUCCGUACAUGGUCGUUGUUGACGAUUUCAGCAAUGAUGAACUUUUGGAUAUCGCAGUGGCUAAUUUCGGUACUAAUAGCAUCAGCGUAUUUCUUGGACUUGGAAAUGGAUCUUUCGUGAAAUAUACAGAACUGUCAACCGGUUCAUCUCGUCCAAUAUCGAUCAGCGUAUCUGACUUGAAUAAUGACACAUUACUUGACAUUGUUACCGUCAAUUAUGGAACACACAGUAUAAGCAUCCUGUACGGAUACGGAAAGGGAAACUUUUCGAGUGCAACUUCAUAUUCGACAGGCUAUGAUUCGUUUCCAUCUUCAGUAGCUAGUGGAGAUUUCAAUAACGACAAGUAUUUAGAUCUCGCAAUUGCGAACUACGGUACCGACAAUAUUCUUAUACUGUUUGGAAAUAAGAAUGAAACUUUCUCAAAUCAAAUAACUAUUUCAACUAGUUUUGGUUCUCAUCCGAACUCAAUUGCGGUUGGCCAUUUCAAUAGAGAUGCAUAUAUCGAUAUUGCUGUGGCUAAUUAUGGAAAUAAUACAAUAGGUGUACUUUUAAACCAUGGCAGCGGAACUUUUGCACAGCAAGCCAAAUACUCAACCGGUUCAGCUUCUCCAUACGCGAUUGCUGCUAGCGACUUCAACCAAGACAGUCGAUUAGAUUUAUUCGUUACCAGUAAAGGUUAUAAUAAUACAGCUCUAUUUUCUGGUUAUGGAAACGGUACGUUUACUGAGCCAGCAACGUUUCCAACAGGAGCGUUUACAUCAAUAUCACUCGCCAUAGAGGAUUUCAAUGGAGAUAACCAUCUGGACAUCGCGAUUGUUAGCAAUGAUACAGGUACUAUAGAUAUCCUUCUUAGUGCUUUUGAGGGUUUUGAAAAUCAAUUGAUUUUCUCAACUUCAUCUCAUCCAUUAUCUGUAGUUGUCGGGGAUUUCAAUAAUGACGAUCUACUGGAUAUUGUUGUCACCAAUCCUGAUAGCAACGAUGUGAGUGUCCUUUUUGGAUAUGGCGAUGGAUCUUUUACUAAUGAAACCACGUAUUUGACUGGCUCUAAUCCACAGUUUGUGGCUGUUGGCGACUUUAACAAUGACACUCAACUAGAUAUCGUUGUCGCCAAUUAUGAUAGUGAUGAUGUGAGUGUUCUUCUUGCAUGUGGUAAUGGCUCUUUUGCCAAUGAAACCAGAUAUUCGGCUGGUACUUUACCGAUCUCUCUAGUUGUUGAUGAUUUCAACAACGAUAGCCAUUUGGAUAUCGUUGUCGUCAAUUAUGGUACCAAUGAUGCGAAUGUUUUUCUUGGAUAUGGUAAUGGUUCUUUCCAUGAUGAAACCAAGUUUUCGACUGGCUCUAAUCCACAGUUUGUAGCUGUUGGCGACUUUAACAACGACACUCGACUAGAUAUCGUUGUCGCCAAUUACAAUAGUGAUGAUGUUAGUGUCCUUAUUGGAUAUGGCAAUGGCUCUUUUGAGUACCAAAGAGGGUAUGCAACUGGAUCUCAUCCAACGUCUGUAGCUGUGAGUGAUUUCAACGACGACAGUCGACUAGAUUUGGUUGUUGUCAAUUCGAAGAGCAAUUAUGUGAGUGUUCUCCUUGGGUACGGUAAUGCCUCGUUUGCUGGUCCAGUAUGGUAUUUAACUGGCACUACUCCGCAGUCUGUAGGUGUGGGUGAUUUCAACAAUGACCGUCGACUGGAUAUCGUUAUCACCAAUUCUUUUAGCAAUGAUGUGAGUGUCCUUUUUGGAUAUGGUAAUGGGUCCUUUGCUGAUCAAGUGAGGUAUUUAACUGGGUCUUAUCCAUACUCUGUAGCUGUUGGUGAUUUCAAUAACAACACUCGACUGGAUAUUGUUGUCACCAAUUAUGAUAGCUAUAAUGUAAUUAUUCUACUACAAUAUUACGGAGGCUUCUUCAAGAACGGAAUGACAUACGCAUCUGGAGUUGGUUCUGAACUACGAUAUGUUGCUGUUACUGAUAUGAAUAAUGAUGACCGCCUUGAUAUCAUGGUUGCUAACUACGGUACUAAUAGUUUAGGCAUCCUUUUCGGACACGGAAAUGGUACUUUCCUGAAUCAAGUCAUUAUGAGCACAGGUUCACAGUCUCACCCGUCCUACUUAACCUUUGGCUAUUUCAAUGAUGACAGUCAGCUAGAUGCUGCUGUGGCGUAUAAUGGUACUAAUAAUGUAGAUAUUUGGCUACGAAACGGAAACGAACUGUUUGUGCAACAAACAAGUGACAUACUUCGUUUUGUUUCUGCUCCACUUGCUAUUGUCUCGGGUGAUCUAAAUAAUGAUGGACGGUUCGAAAUUGUCGUCACAUUCGAUGACAGUGAUAAUGUGAGUAUCAUGGCUACUUACAAGAAUAUCUCUUUUCUCGAUGAAAUCAGGUAUUCAAGUGGCUAUUCUCCAUCCUCUGUGACUGUUGGUGAUUUCAACAACGACACUAAGCUGGAUAUCGUUGUUGCGAAUUCUUUUAGCAACGAUGUGAGUGUUCUUUUGGGAUAUGGUAAUGGCUCUAUUGCCAGUCAAACUAGAUAUUCAACUGGAUCUUGGCCAUACUCUGUAGCUGUUGGCGAUUUCAAUAACGACACGCAACUGGAUAUCGUUGUUGCCAAUUUAGAUAGCAAUAAUACGAGUGUUCUUUUUGGAUAUGGUAAUGGCUCUUUUGCCAAUAGAACUAUGUAUUCAACUGGUGCUUCUCCAUUAUCUGUAGCCGUUAGUGAUUUCAACAACGACAGUCAACUGGAUAUUGUUGUUGCGAAUUCUUUUAGCAAUGAUGUGAGCGUCCUUCUUGGAUAUGGCGAUGGCUCGUUUGCCAAUGAAACUAGGUAUUCAGUCGGUGCUUCUCCUUACUGUGUGGUUGUUGGUGAUUUUAACAACGACACUCAUGUUGACCUCGCUGUUGCCAAUUCGUUUAGCAAUGAUACGAGUAUUCUUCUUAGAUAUGGUAAUGGCUCUUUUGCCAAUGAAACUCGGUAUUCAGCUGGCAAUUCUCCAUACUCUAUAUCUGUUGGUGAUUUCAAUAACGACAGUCGACGGGAUAUUGUUGUUGCUAACUCGAAAAGCGAUGAUGUGAGUGUCCGUCUUGGAUAUGGUAAUGGCUCUUUUGCCAAUGAAACUCGGUAUUCAGCUGGUGAUUCUCCAUACUCUGUUACUGUGGGUGAUUUUAACAACGACAAUCGUCUUGAUAUCGUUGUUGCCAAUUCGAAUAGCAAUGAUGUGAGUAUUCUUCUUGGAUAUGGUGAUAGCUCUUUCGCCAAUGAAAGCAGGUAUUCAGUUGGCCAAUAUCCACAGUCUGUAACGGUGGGUGAUUUCAGUAAUGACACACAACUGGAUAUUGUUGUCGCCAAUUAUGGUAGCAAUGAUGCAAGUGUUCUUCUUGGAAAUAUCAAUAUAGGUUUCGUAAAUCAAUCUACACUCACAUCUGGCAAUGGUUCGAGACCGCAGUCCAUCGUGAUUGCUGAUUUUAACAACGAUUCUCGAAUGGAUAUUGCUAUUGCUAAUUCAGCUUCUUGUAGCGUCGCUAUUUUUGUUGGACAUGGUAAUAUUUCCUUUGGUAAUCCAACGACCUAUUCAACUGGCUCUAGACCAAUUGCCAUAGCUACGGGUGAUUUUAAUGACGAUAUGCGACUUGAUAUCGUCGUUGCUAACUAUGGUUCUGAAAGUCUCAGUAUUUUUCUUGGAUAUGGUGACGGCUCUUUUGCGAAUCAGAAGUUCUACACAACUGGUGCUAAUUCUCAACCAUACUCUGUAGUUAUUUGUGACGUUAACAACGAUGCCAUGUUAGAUAUUGUUGCAUCUAAUCCAGGCAUUGAUGGUAUAGGUUUAUUCGUUGGAUAUGGCAAUGGAACCUUCUCAAAUAUGAUGCUAAUUCCAACGGGCGACGGAUCUGCUCCUUUCUAUGUUGCCGUCGGAGAUUUCAAUAAGGACAGAAAGCUGGAUUUUGCCGUGCUCAAUGAGGGUACUGACAGUUUAUCUAUUCUUUUACAGACUUGCUGA